AUUUAAUUGAAAAAUGAAAAUUAACUUAUCACUUUGUGUGCUCCCGCUAGUCAUUAUAAGCAGUAGCCGAUUCGUUCAAGCAGAAACUAUUCAUACUAAAGUCGCCAUCCUUGGCGGUGGUGUAUCAGGAAUCAGUGCCUCUGUUAACUUGACUCUGGCCGGUAUCAAUGACUUUGUGAUGAUUGAAGCUCGUGAUACCCUUGGAGGACGUGCUCAAAAUGUCAAAUUUGCAAACAAUGUUACCAUUGAAUUGGGGUGUAAUUGGGUUCAAGCGUUAGGUAGCAAUCCUAUCAAUAUCCUUCGAGAAAAACAUGGAUUAGUCACUGCUCCAACCAAUUAUAGUGAUAUUGCUUAUAUUGAUGACAAAGGCAAAAAAAUCAGCAAUGGAUUUGAGGUUUAUAACAAGUUUCAAGAUCUUUAUGACAAGGUAGACCAAUUAGGAGUGAAGCGCUUGAAGAACAAUCUAGUAGAUUUAUCAGGAAGAACAGCACUUUCUCUUGCUGGAUGGUUUGCCAAGACACCUUUGGAAGAAGCAAUUGAAUAUUUUACCUAUGAUUGGGAAACAGGAGAAACACCUGAAGUAUCAUCUAUGAUGUAUGUGGCCAAUAAUGAUAACUCGAACUAUGGAACAAUAUUUGGCCCUGAUUCUGAUAAUGAUCGUAUGGAUAUUGAUCAAAGAGGCUUCCGUUAUAUCUUUUUACAGGAAGCUGCAAAAGUCUUUAAAGAAAAUGAUCCUCGAUUGAAAUUAAAUAGUUUGGUCAAAACCAUUGAGUAUGAUGAAAAUGGAGUCAUUAUCACUACUGACAAGGAUAUCAUCAUUGCGGAUUAUGCCAUUUCUACCUUUUCAGUUGGUGUCCUCCAACAUAGGGAUGUUGUAUGGAAGCCUGAAAUGCCUGAUUGGAAGAUGGAAGGAAUUUUUGGAUUUCAUCUUGCCACUUACACUAAGAUAUUUAUGAAUUUUCCUAAACAAUUCUGGGAUGAUAAUCAGUUCACUCUAUAUGCUAAUCCUACUAGUCGUGGUCUGUACUCUGUUUGGCAAAACAUGAAUGCUCCAGGUUAUUUCCCUAAAGGCACAGAUAAUAAUAUAUUUUUCGUCACAGUGACUCAAGAUUAUGCUUAUAUGGUAGAAGCCAUGACUGAUGAUCAAGUGAAAGAACAAUUAAUGGAUGUACUUCGCAAGAUGUAUGGUGAUGAUAUCCCUGAACCAACUGAUUUUGUUUUCCCACGCUGGCACUCUAAUCCUUUAUUCCGUGGAUCCUAUUCAAAUUGGCCUAUUGGAGAAAUGAAUCAACAUCAUGAAAAUAUGAAAGCACCUCUUCACAAUCGUGUAUUCUUUGCUGGUGAAGCCAUGUCAAAGGAUUUCUUUGGAUAUCUUCAAGGUGCUUGGAUUUCUGGUGAGGAAACUGCUACCCAUGUCAUCCAAUGUAUCAAAUCAUCCUGUCCUAAAGCCUAUUAUUAUCCUGAAAUCCAAAAUAACAAAAUUCCUGGUGUUACUGUCAAUAAGCGUGAAAUCUAA